AUGUGGAAGCCUCCAAUCAACUUCAUCACGCUACACUAUGCGUACAUUUUGAGUUUCGGCAUUCUGGCCAUGAUCAUAGUGUAUCCUUACGGGAAUAUGCGAGCCAUAGAUGCGUAUUACUUUGGAGUUAGUGCGUCGACUUCUUCGGGCCUGAAUCCUUUUGACGUCAAAGCGCUCAAGACGUAUCAGCAGGUCUGGUUCUAUAUCACACCUAUCAUCACUAACCUGGGCUUUAUCAACAUCGUCGUUGUUAUCGUAAGGCUACGAUGGUUCCAACAAAAGCUCAAAGGAAUUCCCGCUGCACAUGAGAGACCAAAGAGCUCUAGACAUUCCGUUGAUCCGCGGAUUCAGGUCCUUGCUGAUUUCUCUGAAAAGAGGGACCUCGAGAGAGGGACCCCAGUUGACACUGUCUCCAAAACGAAGCCUGAAGCCUCUGGCAACCAGCAGAAAGAUGAAACCCCGAAUACUGCUCGUAUUACGUUUGCUCCUGAUCCUCGCUACACUGUCAAUGAGGAAGGCACAUUGCAUAUCGCAGGACCGCGUGAAGGAGAGAGUGCCCAGCCUUCAGUUCCAAUGUCCGAUGAUGAAGACGAUGACCAGAUCAAGCCUGUUGGAGAGUUCAACAACCGGUUACGCCGCAGGCUAUCUGAGACAAGAAGUAUAAGCAAAGCAACGUCGAUAGACCGCGCUGUCUCAUCCAUAUUCGUCCUUGGAACCACGCCUAGUGUUCGCCGUAGCGAGGAGAAAUCGAGGCAGCCAUCAAUCGACUUGGCUUCUCUGAGUCCAGAAGAGUUGGGUGGUGUCGAAUACCGCGCUUUGCGCGUUCUCCUCCGGGUUGUCGUUGGAUACUUCUUCGGUCUGCAUUUGUUUGGUGCUAUCUGUUUGAUACCCUGGAUCCAUCUCGCUCCUUUGAAGUACAAGGAAUACCUCGCCUCGCAGGGUGUGGACAAGACAUGGUGGGCCAUCUACUCAGCGCAAACCAUGAUCAACAAUUUGGGUCUCACCCUUACCCCAGACAGCAUGAUCUCUUUCCGCGACGCAACAUGGCCCAUGCUUGUCAUGUCUUUUCUCGCGUUCGCAGGCAACACAUUUUAUCCAUGCUUCCUCCGCCUUGUCAUCUGGAUCAUGUGGAAGAUCGCCCCGAACGAUUCCUCAACCAAAGAGUCUUCGAGGUUCCUGCUUGACCAUCCGCGCCGAUGUUACACGCUGCUGUUUUCCAGCACUGCGACCUGGAUCCUCGCCACUAUUCUCGUAUUUUUGAACUUUGUCGAUACCCUUCUUAUUGUCACCCUCGACUUGGAUAACACCGAAGUCAACGUCCUCCCCGCCGGCCCCAGGAUUCUCGCUGCCUUGUUUCAAUCCGCGUCGUCGCGCCACACGGGCACCGCGACAUUUAAUCUCGCUAAUGUUAACCCGGGCGUACAAUUUAGUCUACUGGUCAUGAUGUAUAUUUCCGUUUACCCCAUUGCGAUUAGUAUCCGUAUGAGUGAAAGUUACGAGGACAAGUCGGUGGGACUCUACGCAGCGGACGAGAGCCCCGAUGAUAAUACCGACAGUAAGACGUAUCUGCUCAAUCAUCUGCGCAACCAAUUGAGUUUCGACCUGUGGUAUAUUUUCAUGGGCGUUUUUUGUAUUUGCUGUUCUGAAAGCAAGAGAAUCAUGAGCCAUGAGGAUUGGGCAUUUUCGGUUUUCUCGAUAUUUUUCGAAGUCGUCUCAGCGUACGGGAACGUUGGGCUUUCUUUAGGAUACCCUACAAACCUUGCUUCGCUAUCCGGUCAAUUCAGCGUAUUUGGCAAACUGGUCAUUUGCGCUAUGAUGUUGCGUGGAAGGCACAGGGGUCUACCUUACGGACUCGAUCGUGCUAUCAAUCUGCCGAAUGACCUCGUCACCGAGGACGAUCAAGAGAGAUACAGAGAUUUUGACACUCAAGGAACUAUCACAAACGAUGGGACGCAGAGGGAAGAAGAAGGAAAAUUCGAAAAGGACAAGAAAUUGAUGAAGAGUCUAACAGAGUGA